UACGGGUUGAAUAACUGUUUACCCUGAUGGAUGUCCAUCGCAAACGACGGCCUUCAGCACCCUUGUUUAAGAGCUGUUCCCCACCGUGGCGAACCAAGAUGCGCAGCCGCCCAGGACGUAUUGACGAAUGCGAUUCGUAUUCCGUACGCCGCUGGGUUUUUUUUCGUGGCACCCAUCUGUCUGCACGCAACUUGCUGUUGGACAAUAUGCAAAAAUAGACAAUUGUGGCCAAUUUGUAGGUUGGAUAACGAAUCGUGUAGGUUGGUCAAGGCGUCUCUUGAUCAAACAAAUGACACUCAUGAUUUGGACCGGAUGAAACAAGGCCUCCAGCUACAAAGGACCAAAAGCUGCAGUCUCUUUCUUCAUUUUAUUGUAUCUCUUUUUUUCCCCUCUAACCGACAUCAAGACAAGAUUCGAACCAAGGCAGCCCCCCAUGAUGGCGUCCGAGAAAGAGACUACCGAGCGCGCCAUCCUCUACGAAAGUCCGCUUUGGAUGGCAGCAGUGGGCUGGGUGAUGCUGACGGGCCGACUAGCGCACUGGGGGGAUUUUGAGCUGCUGGUCUUCUCGUGGGCAGUGUCCAUGCCGGCGGUUGUCUUUCCCGCGUACAUGGUGCGGCGAGACUGCCCGUCGACGCGCAAGCAGCCCCUGCACCAGCAAUACUGGCUCAAGCUCAACCUGUGGGUCUUUGUUGUGGUCUGCUGGGGCACCUACUUUGGGACGCACUACUUCUUCAACCUCAUGGGGAUGCGCUACAACUUUGCCAACACCAGGCUGACCUUCGACUCGCCCGUCCUGGGGGCCGGCAACAAGGGGCAAGCGGUGCCGCUCUUCAUGUACCCCCUGACCCACGCCUACUUCAUGACGUACUUUGCCGUCAUGCUCAAGGCCGAACGACUGGUCCGGGACCGCAUACUGCCUCGAUCGGUGCGGGACACGAUCGUCGGCAAGGGGCUGGCCCUCGUGGCCGUAUCGUACUCGACGGCCUACCUCGAGACCUUCUUCAUGGCUACCGAGAUCAUGUCGGAGUACUUUCGCUACCUCAACAGGGCCAGGAUGCUGCGCCUGGGCUCGCUGGGGUACGCCGUGUAUUUUAUGGCCGGGCUGCCGAUGGUGAAGCGGAUUGAUGCGGACGGCGAGCGCUGGGACUUGGGCAAGACUCUGGUGGAAGCCGCCGCGACGUGCGUGGCGAUACAGGUGCUGCUGGAGGUAUGGGCCAACGUUACUGGGCCUCUUUGAGAGGGGGGCAUGUCUCUGUUUUGACUAGAGGAUCAAUAAUGUUUGUUGGGUGCGGUACAGUUCAUGUAGGUAGGUUGAUUCGAUUGUAUUAAAAUUGGACAACACAAGAACUAGUUCUAACAGAAGUCAUGGCCAGA